UUUAGCCGGCGGCAAAUUUCUGCCUAUUUAAGGGGUGUCCCCUCCAGUCACUCUUUCUUCCUCUCUCCUCUCUGGAAGAAAGGUGAUGUGGCUCUCUGGCUGGCUGUGGUUGCUGGCCUGCCUCCCUGGGCUGGUUCUGGGGCUGGCAGGAGGGGGGGCCUGCCGGCUGUUGGCUAAGCCUGUCUCCGGCAGUGUAUAUCGGGCAGGGGACGUGGUGAUCGGGGGCCUGUUCCCCAUCCAUGUGGAAGCUCCAGAACCUGAGCUAGAGUUUAGGAGCAAGCGCAGCAAUACGAACUGUACCAUUUUCUACCAGCGUGCGUACCGCUGGCUCCAGACCAUGAUCUUUGCUGUGGAGGAGGUGAACCGUAACCCUAGCCUCCUCCCUGGUCUCAGGCUGGGGUACCUGGCCUCAGACUCCUGCCUGGCCGAGGGCACCACCCUGGGGGCAGCCCUGGGCAUGGUGACCGGGCAGGAAGACUCCAUAUCAGGUACAGACUGUGGCACAACCCCCGAGGUGCCAGUCAUCAUCGGAGACGCCCGCUCCUCCUCCUCCAUCGUGGUGGCACAGACCCUGGGAGUGUUUACCCUGCCCAUGGUGAGCUACUUUGCUUCCUGUGCAUGUUUGAGUGACAGUAGGAAGUACCCCUCCUUCUUCAGGACUGUUCCCAGCGAUGCCUUCCAGGCGCGGGCUAUGGCCUCACUACUGUCCCGGCUGGGCUGGACCUGGGUGGGCUUGUUGUCUGGGGACGAUGACUACGGGAAGUACGGGGUCCAAAUGCUGCUGCAGGAGCUGAGGGGCUCUGGAGUGUGUGUCUCCUACUCUGAGGUCAUCCCCAAGGUCCAUACCCAGAGCAGGAUCAGUCGGGUGGUUGACACCAUCCAGAGGUCCUCUGCCACGGUUGUGGUAGUGUUUGCCAUCUCCCAGGACGCACAGGCUCUCAUGAAGGAAGUGGUGCGUCAGAAUAUCACAGACAAGCAGUGGAUCGCUACCGAGGCCUGGGUCUCUGAGACCAGCUUCACGGUCCCCCAGAACCUCCCCUCGCUGGCCGGCACCAUCGGGUUUGCCCUCCGGAGGGCCCCUAUCCCUGGGCUGGGAGCCUUCCUGACCCAGCUGAGGCCAGGCGGGCCCUCGCCCCAUCACGACCCCUUCCUCAGGGAAUUGUGGGAAGAUCUGUUUGGGUGUUCUUUGGAGGCCAGUCAGGGCACUGCUCGGCUGUGUUCAGGGUCAGAGGUCAUAGUGGAGGGGGAGAGUAUGUACGCAGACGUGUCACAGCUGAGGGCCACCUAUAACGUGUACAAGGCAGUGUACGCCAUCGCCCACGCUCUGCAUGGCAUGCUGGCCUGCCCUCCUGGAGACCAGUGUCCCAACCUCCAGCGCCUGCAGCCCAAAGACAUUGUUCAGUACCUGAGAGGUGUGAACUUCACCACACAUGUGGGUGAUCCCGUCCACUUUGACCAGAAUGGAGAUCCACCUGCUUCCUAUGACAUCAUCAACUGGCAUGUGACCCCACAUGGUGGGGUGGAGUUUGCCACUGUCGGACAUUUUGUGUCAUCUGAUGGAUCGGGGGGUCAGUUUCAUCUGGAAAUCGAGAGAGUGAUGUGGGGUGCUGGGAGUGGACGUGAGGUGCCCGUGUCUGUGUGCAGCACUCCCUGCCCCCCUGGCACCUGGAAGGCGGCACAGAAGGGCCGACCAAUCUGCUGCUUCGACUGUCUGCCCUGCUCAGAGAGGGAGGUCAGCAGAGAGACAGGGUCAGUGGAAUGCAGUCGGUGUCCUGAGAGGUUCUGGUCCAGCCCAGACCACACUGAGUGCAUCCCCCAGCAGGUGGACUUCCUGUCCCUCAGCGACAGCAUGGGAAUCGUCCUGUCCGUCAUCUCUGUUGUCGGGGCAACACUAACAGCCGCAACCUUGAUUACUUUUAUUUGUCACCGACACACGCCACUGGUGCGGGCCAACAACUCAGAGCUGAGCUUCCUGCUUCUGCUGUCACUCAAGCUGUGCUUCCUGUGUGCGCUGGCAUUCAUUGGUCAGCCCAGGCCUUGGUCCUGCAUGCUGAGACACACCCUGUUUGGGAUCAGCUUUGUGCUGUGCCUCUCCUGCCUGCUGAGCAGAACCAUGGUGGUUCUGGUGGCCUUCCGCUCCACCCUCCCUGGAGAGAACCUGAUGCGGUACCUGGGUCCAAACCAGCAGAGGCUGGGCAUCUCUCUCUGCACGCUGGUACAGGUGCUGAUCUGUGUGUUGUGGCUGUCCCUGGCCCCCCCUCGGCCUACAGAGAGGGGCAUCAGAGGAGACCAGGGGCCCAAGAUCUUGUUGGAGUGUGCUGUGGGCUCCAUUGCAGGCUUCUCCCUGGUCCUGGGGUACAUCGGCCUGCUGGCCUCCCUCUGCCUCCUCCUGGCCUUCCUGGCCAGGAAACUCCCAGACAACUUCAACGAGGCCAAGCUCAUCACCUUCAGCAUGCUGAUCUUCUGCACCGUGUGGGUGGCGUUCGUCCCCGCCUACGUCAGCUCUCCGGGGAAGUACACGGUUGCCGUGGAGAUCUUUGCCAUCCUGGCCUCCAGUUACGGACUUCUGGUCUGCAUUUUCGCCCCAAAGUGUUACAUCAUCCUGCUGAGGCCUGAGAGGAACACCAAGAAACAGAUGAUGGCCAAAUAACAUCAGGGCCUUCAAUACUUUUAUGUCGCAAUACUUUACUUUGCUGUCGCAUGCGUUUACUUUACUUUGUUGUUGCAUGCAUUUGCAUAAUGGUGCAGUGAUAUAUGUUUCUCAUUGUGACAGAUUGCUAGCCUAUUGAUAAAGCUUUUGUGGAACUGAAUGUUUUAAUAUGUGAUAGAAAGUGAGCGCUACACUUUGCCAAUUUACCACUCAGCUUCCGGAGAUUUCUUUUGACAGAGGCAUC